AUGGCUGCAGCUGAGCAGAGUUGGUGGACUGACGAAGUAGCCCAAACGUUAAUUAACAUAUGGGGAACGACAUCCAUACAAGAUGGUUUUGAUGGAACCCGACAAGGACCAGUAUCACAGACUAAAAAGCCUCCUGAAGCAGAUUUUGCUGCUUUUAAGCAGGAAAAAUUGAAGGAUUUUGCGCCAUUGCACCAAGAAGGUGGAGGUAGGGGUGCUUCAUCUUCACAAACUGGACAAGAAGGAACUUUGGUAUUUGGUGACCAACAAACAAAUUCGAAUGAUGAUAGAAAGGGUAGCGAGAAAGGUGAUAUGCCCAGAAAAUCUGCUGGAAGUACUCAGAAAAAAGGAAUGCAUGUACCAAAUGCUCUAAGGGACUUGAAGGAAGGAGAAAUGAUGACAAUACAUUUCCAUUCAAUUCUUGCACCUGAAUUCCAAUUCAAUGGCGAAACUGAUACAGUUUACAUUCGUUUUGGUUCGAAAGACUUAGGAAACUUUCAAUACAAUGCCGUUAAAAUGGUUCCAGUAAAAUUUCAAAGUAACUAUGUUUUCAUGACUGGAACUCUCACUGUAAAACCUUAUUACCUAAAGCCACACUCAAAUUCCAAUGUCAAGUCUCAAUGUAUAGCAUACAAGUAUGUUGUUCAUGCCAGAAGAAAGCAAGGACAAGACUGCUACACUUAUGAAUUCCUCUACAACCAAAUGGGCAGAGCUAUUGUUGACAGAGCAUUAAUGACAAACAGGAUGCAACCUAAGGCAAAUGGAGUUUGGCAUCAAUAUGAUGGCACAGUGCAGCAUCCAGAACCUACUUAUAUGAUGAGAAAAAACCAAAGUGCAGAUGCAAAAUCGUAUAGUAAACGAUUCAAUGGAUGGCUCACUGGGUUUAUUGGCAGCUCAUCAAUAAGCAAUAGAGAUGAGCGACUAGCAGCAGAUUGUAAAUUUGCUCUGUUGUCAUACCUUCCUGCUUGGGAAGGCUUCUUGUGUGAAAACUCCAAACCCAUGGAACCUUGCCUAGCCAUUGAGCAAUUUCUUCAAGUUUCCAAAGACAGAGAAGGAAUAUGGACAAAGCAGGAAUAUUAUGAACCAAAGCUCUGGAGAGUAAGUGGAUAUUCAGCAAAUGAGGUUCUUCUGCAGUAUCUUGAAGGGAAAAUAUUUCAACUAGAGAAUAGUGAUAUUUGUAAAGAUGUUGAUGCAAGCAUUAAAAAGAUGAUAUCAGCAUUAGCUAUGAUGCAUGUUAUUAAAAAAUGUAACAUCACUAUCGACAGAAGAAUUACGCAUACUUUGUUAUGUGCAUUGGCUCUUCCUUUGAGUCUCUGCAAAGAUGAGUACACAUGUAUUGUUGAAAGUAUCCAGGAAGCAUUUGGACCAAUACUUGAUGAUCUGAUUGUUUCACUUCUGCAAUGUUGCAAUGGAGCAAUGGCUCCACAGACUGAGAAAGACGUUGAUGUCUCAUGGUUGUUGGUGGUACCUCUUCUGCAUUUUCUGCGUGGUGAUUCUAAGCCAAUGGAAUGGCCUUCCAAUCUGGACAGAUAUAAUUACAAUAAUAUUGUAUGGUGGGGUCAUGAACACCUAGCUGUAGUUGAAAGUAGAAAAUAUUUCAGACAUUCUUG